AUGAGAGUCUCCAACUACCAACCAGACAUGUGCAGACAGAACCCAACCAUCUUCGUGCCAAACGAUUUCAGACGGGCCCACUCACCGGCUGAUGAAUUGGCAACGAGGGAUCCAGGAAAGAGGAAAGUACAACUUGUCCAAAGCAAACUGAGUCACAAAGAGCAGGAAGUGGCAGGUGGCUCAGUAAUCAAGAUGCUCUUCUCAAAGCCUUCCUACAGAUCAUGUGUCCAUCUUGAGGUGCCUCUGAGAUCCAUUAGCUCUGUUGUCUUUUUGGACAAGUCCCUUUGUAUUUCUCUUGCAGAACUAGAGAAAAGAAGAACAGGCCAAACCAUUUUGUAUAAGUCUGCCCUGUCGUGUAACUUUGGCGUCCCAUCCAGCUGCACAUCCACUGUAGAUGACAUACAAACCAAAACAUCUGAGGAUUAUGGGAGGGCCAGAGUAGCCAUGCUGCGCUGCACUGAACACGAUGUCCAAGAAGACAGUUCGGGUCACAGUACAGUCCUGUUUUCAAAGCAUGAGAGGCAAAAGGCUGUGCAAACACUACAUACCCGACGUGUUAAUAGUAAGACUGGUGACUCACAUACUCAGUCCCACAGAGCUUCUUUUGAAUUAUUGUCAUUCAAAGGGCCAUGCGCCUCAAACGUAAAGGCUGGCAGGCAGAGGGGGAAUGCAGAUGAGGCAGCCUUCUCUGCUCAGAGCAAUUUCAGGCACGGGCGGCACACUUUCAAUCUUGGCCAAGUAGAGUCAGAAGCAUGGAGCAAACAAGCGAGAAGUAACAAGACAAAUGAAGGAGAAGAAGGAGGAGGCAGAUCCGCAGCACCUCAAACUGUCGCCACUCUGGAUGAGACCUGUCACUACCACUUCCGACUGAAGAAAGAUUCUGUGGGUGGCCCUCAUAAGACUCUCAGCCUAAAAGAGGCUUUAGAGCUCUUUAGGCCAGACUUCAUCAGCCGAUCUCAGGGUCGGGUGAGGAGGCUAGAAUGGAGAACUAGAAGAAGAAAAGCAUUGCAGGACUCAAACUCAGACCUGGUGCAAAGCCUAAAGGAAGAUCGAGGCAAGCAGAAGAAGAACUACACCACGCCAGAUCCACUUAGCAAUAACCUUUUCAAGCCGAGAGAGAGGUCUAUAUCAGGCAAAGAGAUGCAGCUGAGGUCCAGACGGAUUUACAACAAGCUGCCGGAGGUGACCAAGAAGAAGGAAGAGGAGAGAAAGAGGGCUGUAUCAAAAACUAACAGAUUACGGGCAGAGGUCUUCAAAAAGCGACUUCUGGACCAGAUCCUCCAAAGAUGAUAUUCUGUUGAAUGUACAGGACGUUGCACUUUGCACUUCAUAAACUCAGAAACAAUUUAUUCCAAGUUAAGUGAGUAAUGGGAACACAAUCUUGCGGUGAAAUUAUUCCACGUAGAAUUUGAAAUGAGUAUGUAAUUAAUUGUUGUUGCGUAAAGUCUAUUCUCAUCACUUACCACAAACAUGCUCAUAAUUAAAAGAUUAGACGAGUUUGUUUGAAGUAUGAAUGUUAUUCUUUUGCUGAAAUAAAUUCCAAAUGAUUGAAUGCAAACAAAUUAAUCAUGGCAUUUAAUUAAUUUAUAUCCAAAGAAUGUACAUACCUUUAAUGAAGACUAAGUAGAGAUAAAGCAUCCCAAGUAAGUGUGUGUACAGAAGCAGUUAGAUUUUCCUGGAAAUAGAGCCUCAGUACUUUGAGCGGAACACCUUCACUCUGUCAGUGUAUUGAAGUAUUGUUCAUAAAGUAAAAGAGUGAGACCACGUUUUGUCAUUGGAUUCACGUCUACCUUGAGGUGGAACCUCCCAUCUGGAACAGUGGAAUUUCAGGCUAAUCGAACUCCGGAGACUGGCAGUGCCUCUGAAAGAGUCCUUUGUCACAGAGCUUCAAACCACAGAUGACAUUGUAAUAAGAGAAGAGAGUCCUGA